AUGAUUGACUUCACCUCAACAACGAAAAAAAUCUAUAGAAAAUGGACAACAAAAGAAGGUUUAUUAGGUGAUUUUGAUUAUGCUUACUUAUUUGUUCCUGAAAUACCAUUCUUAAGUAAAGAACCUAAAACACAACCAUUUUUUGGUUUGAACUCAAAUAUGCCAUUAAUAUUGGGUGCUUUAUUAGGUUUACAACAUUGUUUAGCAAUGAUUGGGGGUUUAGUCACUGUUCCAAGGAUAAUUGCAACUUCAGCUAACUUAACACUGGAAGAUCAGACUUAUUUAAUCAGUACAGCAUUAUUAGUUGGUGGAAUUCUAUCAUGUAUACAAAUUUCAAGGUUUCAUAUUUGGAAAACUCGUUACUACUUUGGUUCAGGUAUAUUGACUGUUGUUGGACCAAGUUUUGCAACUUUACCAGUCACUUCUCAAAGUUUCCCAUUAAUGUAUAAAACAGGAGUUUGUCCUGUAGCUGAAGAUGGUACUUUUCUUCCUUGUCCAGAUGGAUAUGGUAAAAUUUUAGGAACUGGGAUUGUAUGUGGUUUAUUAGAAAUUGUUUUAUCAUUUUUACCACCUUUGGUAUUACAAAAGAUUUUUCCUCCAAUAGUUACUGGACCGGUAGUAUUAUUAAUAGGUGCACAUUUAGUUAAAGAUGGAUUUAAUGAUUGGUUAGGUGGUGCUGCUUGUCUAGGCGAAACGUGCCAUAUUGGUGAUUUUUCAAAUCCAUGGGGUUCUGCAAACUUUAUUGGCUUGGGGUUUUUGGUAUACGUUACUAUUAUUUUGUCAGAAAAAUUCGGCUCACCUAUAAUGAAGAGUUGUGCAGUAAUUAUUGGAAUGCUUGUAGGUAGUAUCGUUGCUGCAGCUUGUGGUAGUGGUUAUUUUGAUUCAACAAAAAUUACUGAAGCAAAAGUUGUAAGUUUUAUAUGGGUCAAAACUUUUAAACUAGGUAUUUAUGGUCCUGCUGUACUACCAUUUUUGGCAGUUUAUGUAGUGUUGAUGAUGGAAGCAAUCGGAGAUAUUACAGCAACAUCAGAUGCUUCAAGACUAGAGGUAGUAGGUGAGUUAUAUGAAUCAAGAAUUCAAGGUGGAGUACUAGCUGAUGGAUUGAACGGAAUUUUAGCAGGAUUAAUGACUAUUACUCCAAUGUCAAUUUUUGCUGAGAAUGUUGGUUUAGUAGCAAAUACUAAAUGUGCAAAUAGAAGAGCAGGAUUAUGGUGUGCUUUCUUUUUAAUUAUUAUGGGAAUUUUUUCAAAAUUUGCCGGAGCUAUAUUAUCAAUACCAAAUCCAGUUUUUGGUGCUGUUACUUCAUUUUUAUUCUGUUCAGUUGCAAUUUCAGGUAUAAAAAUCAUUUCAUCAAUUCCAUUUACAAGGAGGGAUAGAUUUAUUUUAACUGCUUCACUUUUACCUGGGUUGGGUGCUAGUUUGGUUCCUUCUUGGUUUGAUAAUUUUUUUACUUACUCUGGUAAUAAUAAUAGUCUUUCUGGAUUUUUAAAUGCUAUUACGUUGAUAAUGGAUUCUGGUUUUGCAAUAACUGGUUUUAUCGGAAUAAUUUUAAACUUGUUAAUACCUCAAAUUGAAGACGAAGUUGAGGAGAUAAAUGAACUAGUUUUGGAAAGUGUUGGCUCUACUGAUCAACAUGCGAGAGAAGAAUUUAUGAAAAAAGAGGGCAUGUCGUCAGCAAAAAAAAUUGAUAUUGGAAUUGUAAGAACUAUAGAUAAUGGUUUGGAUGAUUUAGUGUAA